CAUGGGUUGAGUUUCCGCAAACGUGUUAUCUAUCACUUGUUUAUUUAAUAAUACAACAGUCGCGGUUAAAGUGGCGUAUUGUAAUUAUCAGAUUGUGUGAACAGUUGUGGUGUCUCUCGUUUUUGUCAACUAUCUCGAGUCCGGAUUUGACAAAUAAUUGAGGAAACAAUUUGUGAUUUUAAGAAUAUUGAGGUUCUCCUCGUUAAUUAUACAGGGGAUUCAGAUUCAGAGUGUCUCAGCAGGCAGUAGAAGUGUUAAUAAGGUCAAAUCAGAAGCUGUACCCUCAAGGAAUGCAGCCUGGUUCCCCAAGCAAAAGACACACUUCACUGCUAAUGUUUAGAGACGCACACACAAUGGUACGCUGUCUGAUAAGAGGAAGGUGUGUUUGCCCACAUGAGAGAGCAAUCUUCGGGAGAGGAAUGCACCCUGAAGACACCAAGGAAAUCUCCUAUGAAAAUCUGAAAGCGCUUCUGGAAAAGAGCCAGGAUCUCCUCCUGGUUGAUGUCCGCACUAAAGAAGAAGUGGAGAAAGGACGUAUUCCAGGAUCUGUCCAUGUUCCACUUGAUACAGUAGAAGCUGCCUUUUCGAUGGAGCCAGAAGAAUUCUUGGCCAAGUACAGAGUAACCAAGCCACCGUUGGACACCCCAGAGCUGGUGUUUCACUGCCAAAUGGGGAGGCGAGGGGGAGUCGCCACGGGCAGGGCCCACGAGCUCGGAUACUUGAAUGCACGUAAUUAUGCUGGGGGAUACAAGGAGUGGUCUGAGAGAGAGGGGAAGUGAUUCAUGUUGAAGGAAAGCCUCAUGCAUAUUCAUACAAAACAGCAACUGUGAAAGCUCGAAAGACAAAAUAGAGAAGCAUUUUGGUCUUUUAUUUGUUACCUUUUGAUGCUGUUUUGUUUUCAUAGAGUGCGCCAUUGUAUUUAAAAUGUAUGAAUGGAUCCAAAUAAAAUGAAUUAUGUUAUUCACUCAGAA